AUGGCUCGUACUCGCAACUCUGACACUGACACUCAGGAUGCUGCUCAAGAAACUAUCGCUACUAUUAUGGCUCAAGGUGGAACUAAGAAGACUUCAACUCAGAAAAGGAGGGGAAAAUCCACAAAGGGAGUCCAAGUACCCCGGGUUGAACAAGAAGAAGGGGUGAAGCAUGAUGAUCCAGUACCUCAGGAUCUAGUACCACCCCUAAUAACAGCUCCGGCUCAGGCAACUAUAUCUUCCGAGGUGGAUCAGAUGUUUAAUGCUGUCAACAAAUUUGAAGAGGCCUUCAUGGAUAACUUUAUCCCAGAAGAGGAUAGGGAAGCUAAGGCUACAGAGUUCGAACAGCUCAAGCAAGGGAAUAAAAGUGUGCAAGAGUACUACAUGGAAUUCAUAAGGUUAGCUAAGCAUGCUUCUCACAUGGUGAAGACUGAAAAAACAAAGAUUCGCAGGUUUGUUGGCGAUUUAGCUUACCACAUUAAGGAUACGACAUCAGCUGCAACAGUAGGGAUAGAAGCCUUCUCCUCUGUUAUGGGAUUUGCCAAGCACUUAGAGAAAGACAGCCAACUAAGGAGAGAAGAAAAAGAGCAUAACAAGAAAGCCCGGACAACGGGCAGGUUUAAUAGUACAUCCAGCGGAGAUGGAAGGGAUUCCUCUAAUAAGGAGUCAUUAGCACCAGCUCAGUCCAGUCAUCAGUCAGGUGGUGGGUCUUCCUUCAGACGUCAGUGCAAGCUCGGCUUUCAUGGUUGCUACCAUUGUGGAGACAUUGGUCAUAUAAAUGCCAACUGCCCAAAGUUGCAACGUAAUUUCAGUGGUAGAUCAACUCGUCCUUCUAGUUCCUCAACUACUGCAAUUGCACCACCUCAGGCUCGUGGUUCUCAUAAUCAGACCGGGCAUAGAGCGGGCAGAGGUGCAGACCGAGUUACUCAGGGAGGGGGACAACCCCGUUUGUUUGCUACACUUGAUCAUCAGAGCGCAGAGGCAUCUGCAGAAGUUAUUACAUGUAUACUUUUAGUCUGCUCAAAUAAUUCUUACGCCAUAAUGGAUCCAAAUUCAACAUUUUCAUAUGUGACUCUAUACUUUGCAAUUAACCUCGGACUAGAACCUAAACAACUUAGUGAGCCAUUCCUAGUAUCUACUCCAGUUGGCGAGUCAGUGAAAGUCACCAGAGUCUAUAGAGAAUCAGAACCACCAACUCUUCAGUCAGUGCUAGUUGUUAGAGAAUUUCCAGAAGUUUUCCCAGAUGACCUUCCUGGACUUCCUCUUGAAAGAAUCAUCGACUUUGGCAUUGAUCUCAUGCCAGGAACUCAGCCCAUAUCUAUACCUCCUUAUAGGAUAGCUCCAGCAGAACUUAAUGAGUUGAGAGAACAAUUGAAAGACCUUCUUGACAAGGGCUUCAUCAGACUGAGUGUUUCACCGUGGGGUGCCCUGAUCCUGUUUGUCAAGAAGAAAGAUGGGUCUCUCAGAAU